AUGAAGACUGAUGCUAAAUUAACUAAGGUCUGGAUGUCAUGGGUACCUAUUGACGAUGGUCUUUCACGGUCACCGGUGUUGGCAAAGUCGAAUAUCAUAUAUAUUCCCUCGGCUGCAAAUAGAACAAAGGAUCCAAGUACAAUAGAGCACCCAAAACAAAAUCAUGAUGUUUUGAUUGGUGUACCUCUUUUAGAGGAAUCCAAUAGGCUAUGGUUGGAGACCCAAGUCCUCCAUAUAAAAAACACAACUUUAUUCAAGCGACGGGAAAGUGCAAAAAUCAGAGGACAGAAUGGCUUCCAAAUACAUGCAGUCUUGAGAUUAAGGAAGGAAAAAAUUGGCAACAUCCAUGGGCAUAAAGGAACAUUUAGGAAACGCAAGAGGGAGGCGAUGGGUGACCUUGAGACUCCAUUUUGCUCCAAGAAAUUGAUCACAUCAUCACAUUGGUCAAGCUUCAAUAGAAACAUAGCCGAAGCAAGUUUUCAUUUCUCUAUUGUAUGGAGUCAAGUGUUGAAGGGUUUCAGUACCAAGAAGCCGACAAGAACAACAAAUAGAAGGGGCAAGGUGGAGGCCUCAACAGCAACAUUUGAAAAAGGACUUGUGAAAAAUGAGCACACCAAGGUAGCAAUCCCAGCGACAACUUUUGACAGUUCACUGAUUACACCAGAGAAAGGUAAUAUUUCUAAUAUUUAG